CAUUUGGGUCCAUUCGAUGCGCUACACCACUGUGACUGCCAAAAGCAAUGUGCGCGCCUCUCCAGAAGAGGCGGGGGUUGCUACUCUCGCGUAUGGCGGACUAGAUACGUGCCGCGAGCAAGUGGAAGGGGUUGGGGAAGUACGCACAUCAAGGUCGAUGAGGCGAGUGGGCGCAGGAGUUGCAUGGUCUGUACGGUCUGCAAGGUUUUGGAAUGCGGCGUGAUCGGCAACGACUAGCGACAAGUCAGCGAUAAGAGGGCAGGCGAAGGCACACACUGGGAGCUGAGGGACCAGGGGCCCCAACUCCUUCCCAGCAGCGAAUGGCGCGAUCUCAGCGCGACCACCGCGACCCGCGACGGCGGUCAAAGUCAAG